GUUCUUCUGCGCUCCGCCAUAAUGUGAUGGCACGCCUAGUAUGUAUAGCUAUUGCCCGAAAAGGGAGACUGUAGAUAGGAGAUGAUGAAGGGGAUGAAGAGAGAGGAGAAGGGGCAUAUGGAAAUAGUUGCCAUGACAUGUCCUUGAUUAUGGUAACUCUCUGUCGCGGGAAAAUAAGAGGAGGCAGAUGAAGACAAGUUUGAGGUUGGCCGUUGGAUAGUCGAGCUGGCAAGCGAGUGUGUUUGCUGCCACCCUGGUCCGCUGGGUACUUGGUACAGUAGACAAAUAUACUAGCGGUACACAAGCAUGCGGGAGCAGGCGCAUCACCAUCUCAACUCCAAACUCACCGGGAAAUAAUCCACAACCGAUAUCAACAUCUGAUCGCAUGAUUCCAUCCAAAAGCUAAACCAUGGAUACGUCUGCGCCACUCAACGAUGAGAUAGAGGAGCUAUUGGAAGAUUUAGAGCACGGUAAUCAACGCGUCUUGGGACGCGACGAAUGUCGAGGAAUACGACUAAUCGUCUCAUAGCUGCGAAAACUCCCGCAAAACAACGAGUAUCCAAGAUAAUUUCCAAGGUUGAAAAGACAUGCGCGAAAGCUUAUGAGGAGGGUCUUUCCAAUGCCUCCCUGGAAAGAGUGGUUGACCUCAUCACGUUACCGAAUGAGUUGGAUCAAGCCAGCAUCAAUAAGUUAAUCAAGAAUUUGUAUCCGGCUACCAAAAUCCCCUCAGCUAUUGCCAUCAGGGUUGUAGCAGCGCUGGGACAUGGACGCACGAAGCCAUCAUACAGCUCCCAAGCAGCGAUGCUGAAAUGGCUUGUAAUGGUCUACAAUGUCUUGGAGAACCCAAAAAUAUUGUCACAGCUGUACAGCGUUCUUUUCAAUCUUCUGGAUACAGCGGCAAUUAGGUAAUUUGAUGUCCCUGAACAUUGCUAUAUCUAACUGCUAAUCAUAUUUCCAUUGAAGACCACAGCUGUGUCACGUGCUUUCUCUCAUUACUCGUAGGAAACAUGUUCGACCGUAUAGAAUACAAAUUAUGUAAGGACAAGUUCUUAUAUAUAUGAGCGCUUCCUCCUCCUAAUCUGUGUUAUACUAAUGUCUCUGCCAAGUAUGGAAUUGACUCGCCAAGCGGGCAACGAACCACCACUUGUUGGACUAAUGCGAGUCUUCAAGGACUAUUAUCCAGAUGUGAUUGUAGGAGAUGUGAUCACAGGACGGGCGUCAGUGUUUUCGGUGAGCUAUUGAAACCUAUACCUAGCCAAGGGUGACUACUGAAAAUUGUAUUCAGCAUCCAAACCGGGAAUGGAGUGAACGACUCGGCGAAAUACAGGCAACCCAUAUCCAAAGAAAUCAUGAUGGAAUUCAUCACGAAAAUGGUUCCUUCCGUGUCAACCGCCAGACAACGAAUGGGUCACGGCGGACCAGAUCUUUCAUACCUGAAGUUCACACUUUCAAUGCCAAAGAAGUGAGUUGCUUCAAUAUUGCUGUGAUUAUCACCGCUGACCCCGAACAGGCUUCUGUAACACUAGAGGAGAUUGAAGGGGCCAAUGAUUUUAUACAAAGAUUUGAGAAAAUUGAAGCACCUAAUCAAUUAGUGUCCGUUGUUGGAGACCCUCUGCUACAGAAGUUCCUGCUACUGCAGCCCUCUGACGUAUAUGAAAAACGCCUGGAUAGCUGGCUGUUAACUUUCUUUGAAGACCAGCUCCAAGCUGCGGAGCCAUCUGAAACUAAGAUUAUGGAGAUUCUGAAGGGCAUUCUUGAGUAUACCAAAUUUACAAAAGUUUGUUUGUCCAAACUUAACGAACCGAGGCAUCUUUUCUAAUAUUGUCUAGAUCUUGCCACCAGCGUGCUACACCUAUCUUGAGUCCAUGGUACCUACUUGGAAUGGGGUUGUCGGUCGUCAAACAAUCCUUGAUCUCUUGUCAUAUACCCCCAUCAAGCCAUUUGAAGGUAUUUCAGCUCAUGAUACUCGCCCUACAUCUCAUAAUAACAAAAACAGAACUCUACUCAGACAUAUUUCAGCCAUUGGAAGAAGCUAUUCUUGAGGAAACCACCCCGGAGCUUCAAGCUACAAUACUCACAUUUUACACCAAGCUUCUCAAUAAUUGGACAGUCUCAUUCCUGGCAUUUGCAGAGGCUGGUACGUUUGACGCCAAUUCAAUUACUGCAUUGGUAUCCCAUACCAACAUCCUCGCAACGGUUUUGGCUCAGUCAACCCCAACCGUCACAACCCUCUCUGCAAUUCUCUUCUUCUACGAGCAGAUUGGAUUAUUAAUCUCCCAGACAGAGCUACUAAAUAAGAUCAAGAUCCCCCUUCCGAUAGCAGACCUCAUCUAUCUUCUGCACUUCACCCAAUCACUCAAUACCCUCUCUCGCCUUUGUGGCAUUCUCUCCAUCUACAAAUCCGCAUUCGAAGAAGCCCGAAAACUCAACUCCAAACACCCGCUAGCUUACGUAAACUCCUUCAAUGGAUUCCUGAUGGAUAUCUGUAACUGCAUCUGGCGCUCUCGAGCCUUCUACACUUCCGAUGCAAACAGUCUUGGCUGUCUCCUCCCGGAGCCCGUUACGAAGCUACUCACCAGCUAUAUUUCGAACCUCGGGGUCUUACCACCUCUUUCUCUGCAAUCGCUAUUUGGAAUUUCAUUCUCGCCGGGUACGUGUUUGCUAGCUAUCGAGCAUGUUCGGGAGUUGGAGGAUAAAUCUCAAGAUAGUAUUAGGACCCGCCAUCCAGGACCAGUGACGCAGAACUCUCUGAAGCAGCUGGAACGGGAUGGGGGAUUGGAACUUUCCUUUGAUAAAUACAAGUUGAGUGUUUUGGUGGCUCUGGAGAGCAAGGGCGUCACCGGUAUUGGGGAAUUGAUAUACAACACCAUGAAGUCUCUAAAGAAUGCGAGAGAAAAGGCUUAG